AUGUUUGAUAAAUUACCAUACGAAAUUUUUGAACAAAUUGCCUGCAAAAUCAUCCAAGAAGAUAAAAUCUCGGUAGCAUACGUGUCUAAAAGAUCGUACAAAAGAAUUGUACCUUUUAUUUACCGGAACUUAUUCCUUAACGAAACGUAUCAUGUCAAGGGUGAUUACGAUAACUCAUUUGGAACUUGUUAUUGGUCUGUCCUGACCUUUCCCUUUAUUAAUGAAGAUGAUACAAAUAUUGAAAACCAGACACCAAAUAAAGAGUUAGCCAAAAGAAAAUUCGGUUACUUGGUAAGGUCACUAGCAGAAUCUCCGAGUAGAUUGUGUCCGCUGAUCAAUCGAAUACGUUGUACGUGGCACCUGGAUGAAGAUGUCAUGUCAGAUUUAUUGAAAUUACUAUCAAGGUAUGGUUCCAAUGUGAAAUUUGUCGACCAAUUUGUUCGUCAAUCAGUAAAUGACGGGCUAGAACCUUUGUCAAACCAAUUAAAGACUCUAACUCUAACACCACCAACUAUUUUACCAACUCAUGGUAGUGUAUACAGUUCUUAUUUAGAUCGAAUUGACCAUUUGUACCUGAAAUGUGAUCUAACUCAACUUGAAAAGCUAUCUAUUCACGUCAAUGCACUGAAAUAUUUUAAAGGCUUAAAAGCUCCAAUGAAAAUCAAGUCCUUAGUAUUGAAUCUGCGACCUGACACACUUAACCUUCCAAAAUACGAUGACAUAAGUGGAAAUGUUAAAGAGAUACAAUACAGCGAUAUUUUUGAUACUUCUGCUCUAAAACAGCUAGAAAUCUUGUCUUGGUACAGUCGUGAUGAUAUCCCCACCGCGAAUGAAGGUGGUCCUGAUAGCUUAUACGUCAAAUGGGGCCUAAGAGGAUUCUGGAAAUUUUUCAAGCUUGAGAAUCUAUCAUUAGCAUCAUUAGUCUACAAUGAAAACUUUUUAAAGGGUUGUCUGGCAGCUUUUCAUGAUUUAAAGAGGUUAAAACUUGACUAUAUGGGCCAAUUUGAAUUUGACGUAUCGUUGAUUAGAUUUUUAUCUAAGCAAAAAUGUGGCAAAAAGCUACAGCGUUUGGAUAUACAUUGUGAACUGAAUCACCAACUCUUUUUCCCAACGACAGAUAAUCCACUAAUGCGUUUGAACUUUGACAACUUCUGUCCUUGUUCGAAGUGCAAAGACACCAUUCAUGAAGUGAUUCUUAAGAAAAUAUUUCCGGAAACGCGACAGAAACUCAUAAAAAGCUCAAGCAAGUUCCAGGCUCGUAACUUCCUAUAUCAUAUGUUUUUCCAAUACAAAAUUAUGCCAUACACAAAUAUUAUUGACGAAACUCCUGCGAUGGGGUGGGAUUGUGUCCCGAUUGAGACAUUUGUACGAGACUUCAACAGAAAUUUACAAGAAACCAUCAAGAUUGAGAAAACAUCAUCGAAUAACAUUACUAGAGAAGAUGCCAUUCGGUUGUAUCACUUAUAUCUUCAUUAUCUAAAAGAUGUAUUCAACGUCUUCGAGCAAAGCCUGCCCGACUUAGAAUACUUAACAAUUAACGGUAUACCUACCAAAAUCGUACAAGUAGACGAGUUACAAAGCUGCGCGGUACCUCUAUUCUAUAAUGAAGGUUAUAAGAGUAAUUCCGUCUACGAAUUGGUAGAUAGUGACUCACUCUUUAUGUAG